GUACUUGCCCUUCCCUUUCCGGUCGGUUCCGCCCCAGUCUUCUCCGGCAACCACGUGUGUUUAAGCUGGAGUUUUUCUCUGAGCUGCUGCGACUGUUGGUGAGGUUUCCCGGGUCUGGGCUGCGGAGGUUCUCCGGGGCCGUGAGGACGUCACCAUGCCUAAAGCCCUAAAGGGAAAACUUGUAGGACGGGAAAAAAAGGUCAUCCAUCCAUAUAGUAGAAAAGCAGCUCAAAUUACAAGAGAAGCCCAUAAACAAGAAAAAAAGGAAAAAUUGAAGAAUGAAAAGGCAUUGCGUCUCAACCUUAUUGGUGAAAAACUCCAGUGGUUUCAAAGUCAUCUUGAUCCCCAAAAAGCAGGAUAUUCAAAGAAAGAUGCUUGUGAAUUAAUUGAAAGGUAUUUGAAUCGAUUCAGCAGUGAACUAGAGCAGAUUGAAUUACAUAACAGCAUUAAAGACAGGCAGGGAAGGCGGCACUGUUCCCGGGAGACAGUCAUCAAGCAGACAAUGGAGCGUGAGCGGCAGCAGUAUGAAGGAUAUGGUCUUGAGAUUCCAGACAUUGUAAAUGCAGGUAAUCUGAAAACUUUUAGAUUUAAGACCUUGCGUAGGACUCCUGGAAUUGCCACUGCCCUCUAUGAUGUUCUUCCCCAGAAGAAAUAAACAUGCCUCAGAAAUAUCCAUUCCUCAUGUUUAUUUCAUUUGUAAGUAUCUCCUUUCCACCGUGUGCAUGUGGGUCUUCAUAGGCCAUUGCUUGCUGGCUCUUUGUACCUAAAAUGAUCACAGCCUUGCAGUUUAGAAGAAAGUACCUAUGUACUAAGCAGAAUCAUAGAGACUGGGAAUAUUAGAAGACCCAAUUUUAAAAGACCCAAAUUUAACCCCUCUCUUUCUACAUGGAAAAACGGAGGCCCAGAGAACUGAACUGAUUUGCCCAGAGCAAUACAGUAGGUUAUAUGUAGAUUUUUAAAAACUCUAUUGAGUAGUAGAUUUUUUCAUUCAGGAGCUAAUUACUGAAGCAUCACAAUGGGUCAGAUAUUUUCUAGGUGUAAGAGAACACAACCUAAAUUCCUGCUUUCUUAGAGUUUACAUUAGCAUCAUAAUUGUGGAGCUUUGUGUAUUAGAACAGGGAACUGUAUUUGCCCAUCAGACUUUGAUUUCAUAAAUGCUUCUUUCUCUCAACUGUCUUGUGGUACAUAUGUGUGAAUGUAUAUAGUUAUCUUUCCAAAAUAUUCCUUCGGGUGGCAGCAAAGAAAAAAGCGAGUUUUCUCUGCGGCGUCUCUAUUGUACAAAGUGUCAAUUCUACUGACAGCUCAUUGUCAAUACUUAUUUUUAGGAGUCAAAAAAAAAUUUCUUCAUCCUAUUUCUAGCCUGCUUUAAUAGUAGUGUCACAUCUGAACACUGUAUAUAAUGUUUUUAUCAUUGUAGCUGGUGUUUUUACUCUCAUAUAAAAAUUUGAAAUAAAUUUGAAAAAUAAAUAUCUCUUCUACUCCAGCUUAAAUGGCAGCCAAUGACCUUUACUCUAACUAUUGAUUCACAUUUUAGAUAUAAUAACACAAAGAUAACCAAAUAAAAAUCAGUUUUAGCAGCGUUUUGACAUCCAGCAUAAUUAGUUGACUCAAUAUAUUACUUUUAAGCUUGUUUUGCAUUUUAGAGACUGAGCCUUUGCUAAGAGUGUUGUCCUAAAACUGAAGCCUUUUCAUUAAAAAGCCAAGUUCCUUGGGAUUUCUAGGGGUAUAUUAAUUUUGUAAAUUGUAUGUAAAACGCUACAUUUACUUUUUCUGGGGAGAGGUCCAUAUCCUUUCAUUGAAUUCUCAGAGAGGCCUGAGACACUUUGCAGAUUGAGGGCCUUUGCUUUAAGCUGCCUUUCCCUUUAAUUGAUUUAAUAGUAACAUAUCCGCUUCUUACAAAAUAAGGAAGCACUGGACCAGGGAAGGGUGGGAGGUACAUAUAAUCUCUACAGGCUGGAAAUGAAACUUAUGGUUUGGGGACGUGACAUGUUUGGAAAACAACCACAACUGGCCAGUUUCCUCAUUUGCGGUACUCAGAAUGAAUUCCAAAUCUCAAAUGCCGAUCCUCAGCCUACUGGUAGCUCCUUCUUGUUUGCAGGGGAAUGUUCAACUGCAUUCCUGCAUUUUGCAGUAUAGGAAAGGCAACCGUGUCCUGUCCUAGCACACUCAACUCUUGUGUUCUUCCAUUUAAGAAGUUGCUUUGAACCAAGGAAAGUUUCUGGGUGGCCAAAAAUUUUAUGUCCUUUUAGAGGACACCGAAAACAACUUGUUCUGGACCUCCAGGUGCCCUUGCUGAGAAGUCUGUUUCAAGCAAUGUAUCCCUCAUAUCUGGUUGCUCUUUGUGUGGAAUUUGUUGAGACACAAGUGAUACUUGUUCACAUUCUAGAAUAGAUUCCAUUUUUCUUCCUAGCUUUUAAGACUCAGAAGUGAAUACGAGAGGAAUUCUUAUUUAAAAGUUCUUAUUUAAUAGUUUAUCUCCUCUCCCCCCGCCCCAUCUCUUUGGAAAUCUAAUAAAAAUGGGUUGGCCUGCUUCCUUCUCCAUGUCCUUAAUUCCCAGUCAUUAAAAUUCUGAUAAGACAUCAUUUUUCAGCAGAUUCAGUUGUCCAUUUCUCUAAUGCUACUGAAUCCCUGCAAAGGGACAGGAAUAUGGUAAGCCAAUGGUAAGCCAAUCUAAUAUUAUUCUAAUAAUUUGUUCUUAUAAAAACCAAGAGGUGAAGUUCAGUUAUCCACAUUGAAAAUGGAGUAGGAAUGUUUAAUAUUCCCAUUUAAACAUCCCCUUUCUAUUAAAGAUCAUAAAAUGCUUUCAACGCUUGAGCUGAGCAUGAUAAGAAGGAGAAAGAGGAUAAGGUGAAUUAUGUGAAAAUUUACACAGUUCUGCGGGAUGCAGAUUUGCUUGAGGAAACUGCAAAGACUCAGAGCGUGAGCAAGAGGUUAAAAGGCAAGAGGUGAGGUGGGAAGAGUGGGCAGGACCGGAUGGUGAAGAGCCUUGAGUAUCAACCCAAAGGCAGGGAAAAUGGGGCCUGAGAUUGACAGACAUUCAUGUGUGGGGAAAAGUAGAUGUCCUUCCCAGAUUUCCUUCUCAGCAUUUGUUCAAAAUAAAUUUCUGUAUGAUUAGUUGGAGUGAAAAUCAAGACCACAAGGAACACAGAUGUGGGCUGAUCUCUUUGAGUGAGACAAUGGAGAAAGUUUGUCUAUCCUGAGGAAAGGAGAAGAUGGAGGGGUUGAGAGUGUUGGGGGUAGCUGACCGAAGGCAGAAGCCCCUGGGCUUCAUGGUGGGAUUGCUCUCCUGCUACUGAGCUCACCAAAUGGUGAGGUAAGUGAAUUUGGGGACAAAAUCCACAAAGUGACUCAUCUUGGAGAUCAGAUUUAUAUGAACAGAAGUGGGACAGUCUAUAUGGACAGAGUAUGUAGAAACAGAAAGUAGGCUGCAGGCAUUUCCAGAAAGCAGGUACAAGAUGUGGAUGGUCCCAGGCCAUGGAUUUGAGGUGUGGGCCAAGUUUAAGCAAUCUCCAAGGACUAAGAAAGGCUUUUAGAGUUUAGGGAUACCAGGGUUUUUAAAAGGUCAUUCUUAUAGCUGUACGGAAGAUAAAGUGGAGACAGAGAGUGAUUAGCUAGUAGUUUCUGCUACUAGUUUUUCCCUCCAGGAGAGGGAAAGAAGUGAUGUCUUGACAGUGGGUCUUAUUAAAUAUAACUUCUACUUUGGAGAACACUGAUUCCCUCAUGCAUAAAUUCUCAACUUCCUGUCUUUAGACUAAAUCCUCAUUUAUAACUGCACCACACCCUUCCUACUUCCUCUCCUCUUAUCUAAGAGGACAAAGCAUCCCUCUGCAGUCUAAAUUAGUCACUUUCCAUGACCCUGGACGAUAGGUCUCAUCUACCAGCCACUCUAGCAGGGGAGAACUUGGAGAAUGGGUCCAACAGAGGACUACUUCGGGACCCAUGGUUCAAGAGCCUGCAGAGUCUGAGUCACCUCACAAAGACCAUCCAUCCUGAACUUAAAAGACUCUGUCUGCACUUGUGCUCUGGCCUAUCAUUCAUUCUAUCACUGGAGCCCAGGAGGACAGGAUUUUGUCUCCAUGCACUGAUCCCCCCAUUGGCUACCAAAAAGGAGUCCCGCUGUCUGGGCCACAGUACUCUUCUCCUAUCUGCAUAGCAGGUACAGACACUCCCUUUUACAGUGUUCCAGAACAUUUGCACGUAGAGGGGCUAGAGCCUUAAAUACAAUGCUGAGUAAGAGUUCUAUUUUUAAAUAAAAGGGAGACAUUAUGCUAACACACUUCAAUAAAAACAGUUUUUAAAAGGUAACGAUAUAUCAUGAAUGUCACUGUAUUUCAUUUUUAAUGGCUGCAUAUAUGCUAUCAAAUAGCAACUGAAGUCUCUAUUAGCAUCUCACUAAUAGAAAUUUUGGUUAUUUUGGUUAUUUUUUGCCUAUCCCAAAGUCAUACAGAUUUUCUCGUAUGUUUUCUCCUGGAAGUAUUAUUGUUUUAGGUUUUACAUUUGUUUGUUCACUGUUAUAGCUAAUACUGUGCCAAGAAUUCAUGUAGCAAAAUAUUGUGCACACCCAUGAUUACUUCAUUAAUGUAAAUCUUUAGAAAUAAAACUUAAUGGAGACAUCGUAUUACAUAUUUAAGACUUCUGGUAUGUGUCAAAUUUGCUCUCUGGGAAAAUUAUUCCACUCUGAGCAUAUUUGAAAUGCCAAUUUAACAGGAUAAAAUUGAUACUAGAUUGUUGUUGAAAUGUUAAUAGUUUAGAUUGCUGUGUGUGUGUGUGUGUGUGUGUGUGUGUGUGUGUGUGUACUGAUCAUUUGCUUUUCCCCAUACUUUUUUCCUCUUGGUUGCUUAUUUUUGUGUUUUUUUUUAAUAUUUAAGAA